CAGAAGUCUCUGGCACGUUCUAGAGUUUAUUAGCUUUCUUAUAUGAAGACAAACAUGUUAGCAGUUCUACUACUCACAGGGUCAUACUCAAUGAUGUCUUGCAGUGUCAUCCCGUUUACCUUUGUAUCAAACAACCAGACGUGGGAUGCUGCCCAGAGUUAUUGCAGAAGUACAUUUACAGACCUGGCAACAGUUGAAAAUGAAGAGAUAAAUCAGCAGCUGGUAAACGUCUCUCAAGGGAACUCAUUCUGGAUUGGACUGAGACGUAACAGAGACAACUGGCAGUGGUCAAGUGGGGAAAACGUGACUUAUACUAACUGGGAUAGAAACCUCUUCUGUGCAUUUGUUCAAUCAGAUGGAUCCUGGAAUGAUAAUAUCAGCCGUACUGAAAUGCCUUUCAUGUGUUACAAUGAAACCAAUAACAUUAGUAAGAGGUAUUUCUGGAUAAACGAGAGCCUGACAUGGAGUAGAGCUCAAAACUACUGUCGUGUGAACUACACAGACCUAGUCAGUAUAAAAAAUGAAACUGAAAAUCAGGAGAUAAUGAAGAACGCUAAGAGCUUCCCCUUUUGGAUCGGUUUAUUUAAUAACCCAUGGAAAUGGUCUGAUGGUGGGAAUUCAACAUUUCAACACUGGAGAGUUGAUCAGCCAGAUAAUUGGAAUCUAAGUGAAAAGUGUGUUGAAUUUUCACAGUCAGAUUGGAAUGAUGGUCCAUGUAGUCAUCAGAAGUACUUUUUGUGCUACAAUAAGUCCUGCACUUCAUUCUCCUGCACCAACACAUACAUCUUUGUGCCAUAUUUAUUUUCCUGGGAUGAUGCUCAGAAGUACUGCAGAGCAAACUUCACAGACUUGGUGACAGUUGAGAACCAAGCAAUGAAUGACCAUCUGCUAACAAGGAAAAGAGCACAAAACACCUGGAUUGGACUCCGCCAUGAAAAUGACAACUGGCACUGGUCCAAUGGAGAGCCUGUGGCCUACACAAACUGGAAACGGGAGUUUUUCUGUGCUGUGCUCCAGUCAGAUGGCUCUUGGAAUGACUCAGUAUGUGGUGAAGAAUAUCCUUUCAUGUGCUUUAAAGAAACCAGUAACAUCAGUGAGAGAUACUCAUGGAUAAAUCUCUACAUGACAUGGAACAAAGCCCAGCAGUACUGUCGUGUGAAUUACACAGACCUGGUCAGUAUAAGAGAUGAAAGCGAAAAAAUGGAAAUAAUGAAUAAAGCACAAAGCAAUCCCUUCUGGAUCGGUCUGUUCAAUGACCCAUGGAAGUGGUCUGAUGGUGGACAGUCAAAAUUUAAAAAAUGGAGCAAUCAGGAGCCAAAUAAAUGGAGUCUUAACGAAGAAUGUGUGGAGAUUUGGCCAAAUGGAACUUGGAAUGAUGCUGAUUGCAGUUUGCAAAAACCAUUUAUUUGCUCACAAAGUUUGGCGGAUAAGAGGAUAAAGAUGAGAGUCCGUAUAGAUGUACAGAGUGGUCUAAAUCCUGAGGAUCCAAAAAUCAGUGAUGCCAUCCUGAAUCAGGUCCAGAGCCCUGUGUCUGACUCAGCAAUGUUUAUAAGGAUUUUAAAUUAUACUUGUAUUUAUGAGUUUGAAAUGGUGAGAGAUAAGAAAAUAAAUGCAUCAACACUAUCAGCACAACCAGUAAUUGAAAGAGUCCUUGUCAUUGAUAGUAGUUUACAACUCAGAGAGUAA